UGCGGCAGUAGCUAUCAGUAGAUGCAAACACUUAGGGGAGGACUGGCGUUGGUUGGGUUUAGUGAAGAGUGUUGUGAUCAUAUUACAGAGGAGAGUAAACCUUGUCCGCUGUGCCACAUUGGAAGCCACUAACUGCCACAUAGAAUUGUAUUUGCAAGCAAAGCUAAAUACUUGUCCUAACAUCUGCCUCAGCAGGAGACUUAUAACUCAAAGAUUCCCAGUUUUUCAGAAUGGAUAUGCCGUAGCACCUGGACUCCGCGUGUGGGAACAAAGUGGUUUAUGUUUAGCUGGCGAGCUAGUUCGUUAGAUAGCUAUGGCACGUCUCAUGGAUAGCGGCUACUAGUUUCAGCAUUCUAAAUUAUGAGACGAGUGUAGUAACUAUGUCAAUAGUAACUGAUUCACGGGGCACCUACAUUAACUACAGCGUGGUCUCAAAAGCUGCAACUCUGAUUACUCACCAUAGUUCUUAGCUUGCAAGCUAGCUGGAAAAUGGGGCAACUCUGCGCUCCGCCUCGAUAAAAAAACUAUUUGGUUUAUUGCUAUGUGUAACUAAAAAGGAUUGUUUGGGUCAUUCGUCGGUUGUUACAUUGCGCAAACCAGUUUAUUUCUCCUGGUCCUAGAUGAUGCCACAGUGUGUGCCCCAUGCGCGCUCCGCAUAGUUCAUUGGAUUUUGCACAGCAGUCAUGUUUGCCGUCCGUAUCGUCACCGCUGACUACUACCUUACAAGUCCUCUCAAAGACUUGGACGUCAUUUAUAACGAAUUCAGAGAAAGUGACGUGAAGAAAGUACCAGUGGUUCGGAUUUUCGGGGCAACUCCAAUAGGUCAGAAGACCUGUCUCCACCUCCAUGGCAUCUUCCCCUACCUCUAUGUGCCGUACGAUGGCUAUGGGCAGCAGGCGGAGAGCUACCUGCGUCAGGUGGCCUUCAGCAUCGACAGGGCCCUCAACGUGGCCAUGGGAAACCCCUCCUCCAACAUGCAGCACGUCUUCAAGGUGGCACUGGUCUCCGGCAUGCCUUUUUAUGGAUACCAUGCCAAAGAGAAGAGCUUUAUGAAGAUCUAUCUGUACAAUCCUCAGAUGGUCAAAAGGGUGUGUGAGCUGUUACAAGGAGGUGCUGUGAUGAACAAGAGCUACCAGCCCCACGAGGCCCACAUUCCUUACCUGCUGCAGCUAUUCAUCGACUACAACCUGUACGGCAUGAACAUGGUCAACCUGGGAGCCGUCAAGUUCCGCCGGAGCCAGCAGCGCGAAGAGGGGUCUCCCCCAGAUCACCAGGUCUUCUGCAGCAGACCCUUGAAGAGCCCCUGUACCUCCAAACUGAGUGACAGUACCCUGGGAGGCACGUUUGUUCACUGGCAGGAGGAUGCCACACCCUGUUCUCUAGUCCUGGAGGAUGUGGAGAAACAGAGUACGUGUGAGCUGGAGGCAGAUGCUGUGGCUGCAGACAUCCUCAACCGUCUGGAGAUAGACAAUCAGAUUGGCAGGAACCCUGGCCUGCAGGUCAUCUGGGAGGACGAGAAGCAGAGACGACGAGAGAAGAACCAGUCAUCUCAGGUCGAGACCCCACAGUCACAGGAUCGCAGGUUUGUCGCCUCGACGGAGAGCGAGAGAAUCUUCAUGAAGAGAUUCAAGGAGAUCCUGAAGGAAAAUGAGUUUGAUGUUAGGACUCGGUCUGGGUCUGUGGAGGGCGCGGCAGAGGAGCAGGAUCCCUUCCCAGCUGAACGGCCUGGAUAUCCUGGUGUCCUGACCCCAGAGGUGCUGCAUUGUACACCAGCUAACCAGGUGGAGGUUCACAGAGACUCUCAGACAGACACUAAAAGGAACUGUGGUAAAGACCAGGGGGAGGCCAUUGUGGAUGAGGAGGCCAUUCUGAGUCUGUUGGAAAGCAGCCAGACCUUCCUCUCCCAGAGAUCCAGCCACUCCCCCUUACUAGAUGGCAGCCAGAACCAUGCCAUGGUGGACCUGCUGGCAGGCCUGGAGGAUGAUGGGUACAGAGCAGCCCAUAUGAGGCAGAACUCCCAGCAUUCUCUGCCCGGGGGAGGGAGCGUUCACUACAACAGUGACGAGGAGGAGGAGGGGCCAGAGCUAGAGAGGGAGGAGGCAGAACUCAGUCUGAUGAUGUCACAGAGAUGGGACAGCAACCUUCCAGAACAUUCUUCUAGACAGAGACCUGGUGUGAAGGAUGCAGAGGAGAGCUUCAGUGACGAGCCCCAGGAAUCCUCCGAUGAAGAGAUGGAAAGGAGGGGGGACAACUCUCUCUCUGCCAAUCUGUCCAUUUCUCAGCUGGACGGCGCUGCGGACGAGAACAGUGAUUCAUUGUUAACGGACAAAAGCUCCAGGACACACUCAUCCCUCACUGUCACAGACACGAUCCUGGGGAAGAGGAACCCCUUUCCUGGGGAGACUGUCCACCUGGAACCCCUGUCCUCCACCAAGGUCCUCCUGGAGUGCAAACACCCUGAACAUAGGCAGGCCCACUCACAGGAUGCAGAGGAACCAGCCAAUAAGCACUUCCUCGGCCAGGACAGCCACGAGUGCUCCACGGUGUUCAAGGUGAAUAAAGAGAGACCUUACAUCCAGCCGGUCAAACACCCCAUCCCCUGCAAUAUCGCCAACCAGGCUGAGGUUUCUCAGAUCUGUGUGGCCAAAAUGGACGUUGUUCGGCCUCUGUACACCUACGAGAAGAAGACUAUGGCCCUGGAGGAGUCAGACCUGGACGUCUUUCCGUUCAGCAACGGGAAGAUCACCCAGAGCAGGAAGAAGUACAGCAGUAUGAAGAAUGUGGAGAAGAAUCGUCUGUCCAUCCUGCAGAACCACAGGAGCUUCUCCCUGUGUUACUCUGAGCUGAGGAACUGCCCCAGUACGACAGAUCUAGAGCUGGGUCAGAAAGGCUGUAAAAGCCCAAUCCUGAGAAACAAUAUAACCCCAACUCCCUGCCCCAUAGAAGAGGACGAGCUCCUGGCCCCGCUGGAGGGCGGCAUGGGCCAGGACAGCGAGGACGGCGACAUGGGUGAGCUGAAGAUCCGGUACGAGGACUAUCAGGAGAACAAGACUGAGAGGACCAUAGUAGCCCAGCAGGAGGCACACUAUACGUUUUUCCCCAGUGUUAUUCUCUCCAACUGCCUAACCAGGCCAGCUAAGAAGGUAGUGGGCAACAAGCUGACCGAUGGCUGUGCUAAGCUAGAGCAGUCAGAGACACGCAGGUCCAGGCUAAAGCUUGGCAAGAGGUCUUUGGCUGCUGCAGCCCAGAACGCUAAUGUGUACACUGGGGAAACCCCAGCCUCUGACACCCAAGUCAGCACAGCCUUUAUGGCCAUCACGCCUACUUGUCCAAAGAGCACGGACGCCGAGGAGAAGCCAGUCACAGUGGCAAAGUCAGUCGUAGUGGGGACUGGACCCACAGAACCACGGCCAGAAUCCCCUGCCCUGGCCCCUACCCCUCUACCAGCCCCUAUUGCUUCCCCUGCAUCGGCCCCAGUCCCUGCCAUUCUGAAUUUGGCGUCUGUGGAGUGCAGGUUGGCCCCACUGCUUGAGCUCCCUGCUAAAGUAACCUGCACCAAAGCCUCAGGUCUGCCUGGUAGCAAGUACACCUUGAGGGCCAAACGCAAGAUGAGCUACGACAGUAGCGAGGACGGGGAACAGUCUGUAUCCUCUCGCAUGAAACACCCUCUGGCCCUCCGAGACCGCUUCAAAGAAAACUACGUCCUCAGCACGCAGGAACUAAAGUACCAGAAACGACGGAAGAUGUACAGAAAGGAGCCAAGGGAGCCGCCCAUCAUCAUCAAAUAUAUAAUCAUCAACCGGUUCAAAGGUCAAAAGAACAUGUUGGUGAAGAUGGCCAAGGUGAGUGCUAAGGAGCAGCGGGUGGUGCUGACACCUGACAGAGUGGAGACGUACACAAAAAUGUCCCCCAUCAAGACCUUCUGGCCUAAGGUUCCACAGUCUUGUGCGGUCAAAUUCCCUCUCAGUGAGCCCAAGGCUAGUAAGAAACAGCCCAAACGAAAGGCCAAGGUCAACACCACCACUAAGAAAACGGUCAACAGCCCACCCAGAGUCCGAGUUAGGCAAAGGGGUGAGAGGCCUAGAAGGACUAGAGGCCUUAGAAAAACCUUGACUCCCUCUCUGCCAUGGCCCUGGCCAUGUUACUGUGAACUGGCAGAUGACCACGUCACUGAGUACACUGAUGUGAUGGUGGAGUUGGGUUAUCUAUCUGAGAGAUCCCUUAGCCCUGUUGAUUCAACCCCACCCCGGUGUUGGUCCCCCAGUGACCCCCUUAUAGAAGCCAUAAGUUCUGAUCGGUUGGUGAACCGAUUAAAUGAUCCCUGUCUCACCUCUGUUUGUCAGGAACCCCCCCCAGAGUCGUUAGGCCGAGGCGUGCGGAACCGCAGCCGGACUGCUAAACCUAGAAAUGUAACCUCUACCAGCCCAAGAAGACGGAUUAAGCUUUCAGAGGAUGUCAAAAAGGAGAGCACAGCGAGAAGGAAAAGUACUAUUGGGACUCCAAGGAGGAGAAAGAAAGUUCUAGAAACAGUUGAUGGAACUAGUGUGGGUGGUGUCUGUACUACUACCAUCACCACAAGAACGAGGAGGCCUCGGGGGAAGAAGCAGGCAGAAGGGCCUGAACAGCCCCCUGUAAAAAGCAGAGACUGUGACAGUUCCCAGCACCUCUUCCCAGAGGGUGAGCUGCCUUCUACUGAAUCCUCCUCAGAGGACAUACCACCCUUUCAGAAGCCAGCAAGCAAAACCAGCCAAAUCAUUGACGGCUCUAAAUCCCUAACCCAGUUCUCGCAAUCUAUUGAACCAAAGUCUGAGGACUGUGAAAGCUCCAUCAUGGAGGUGAACCAAAGCUUUGCUUUUGAAUUCGUCCAAAUGCAGCCCGACCAACCGCAGGGUUGUGCUGUGAAGGCAGACACUACUACUGAUGAAUGCACAUCCCAACUAGUUAAAUCCCCAACCCAGGUGGAGGACAGAAAGGGCACCCCCAAAGCAGAGUCCCCCCACUCAGGCCUUCGGAAUGGGAAGACCUUACCUGAGGACAUCUCUGGCCUGGCUGUUCUAAAGAAGCUCCAGCAGAGAGAUGGGCAGUGCCUUUCCACUACAACACAGCCCCCUGGCUCCACACCAGACCCUGCAGCAGCCAAGCCAUCAAGAGCCAGGAGGGCUCCCUCAGCCACCCCAUGGAAACCCCGGGCCCCAAGAACUACAACUGCCAAGGAGGGGAAACCCAGAAGCAGGAAGGAGAAGGCGAACUCUCAGCCAGAGGUACCUGUCAAGCAAAAGCCCCCCAUGUCAGAUGACAGUCCAGUGUUCCUGUCAGACCCAGGCCUGGACAGCUGUUACUCCAUAGAGGACAGCCUGUCCCCAGAGCUCCCACACAACUACAACUUUGACAUCAACGCCAUCGGUAUCGGUAGCCAGGCAGAGUUCUCCAGCCUGUACAUGGGCAGCCAGUUUGUUCUGACCGACAAGAACCUGCCUCAGAAGUUCCUGAGUGACAUCACACAGGAGGCGGUACCUGCCUUGGCGCUGAGCUUAGAGACGAGGCCUGAGGUGCUGUUUGGCUCAGGGGAGGAGCUCCAAGAAAGCUUGUCCGGACCUCUGACUCCUGAACUCUUUGACAAGCCAAAAAAUGGCGAAUUUGUGUCCAAUCAUCGAUCACCUCUGGACUCUGAGAGGUUACCAAGGAGCAGAGAGUGGGGAACGUCUCUGGGCAAACUCCACAGCCUCAGCCACUUCCAGGGCUUUCACUGUGAGAGGAAAGAGCUGCUGUUCUCUGCCUUUGACCCCAUCUUACCACUGCCUUUGAGCUCUGCGUCUUUCGCAGACAACGAAGGGUUGCAGACUGGAGACCUACUGGAGGGGAAUUAUGCUUUUACAUCGACCACGCCCUGUAGUUCGCCACGCUCCUUUAGCUCGCUAUCCCAGGCGAAGGUCAUCAGCCAGCUCCUCAGAGGGACAGGGGGGGGGGCCCACAUCCUCAAGCCCCUCAUGUCCCCUCCCAGUCGGGAAGAGAUCCUCACCACCCUCCUGGACCUGGAGAUGUCUGAGGUCACCUUCCAGGAGCCCUUCUGCAGCAACCCCUCAGACGCCCCAGGGAAACCCAGGGAGGUUGGUGGGCGUAAGCUGAUGGUGGAGACCAAGUUGGCCAAGGAGCUGGCUGAGUUCAACGGGGACCUGUGUCUGGAGGGGCUACAGUUCUGGAAGACAGCCUUCUCUACCAUGACCCGGGCCGGCUCAUCUCACACACUGGGAGCAGAGGACACCAGAGACCAGGCCCAGCUCAGCCCCUCUUCAGCCGGGGACCAGAAGGUCAUCCUGGUGCCUUGCAUGAGUGCCCCCAGGCGGGAACGCGUCCAGCUAUGGCUGGAGGCCAGAAAACAGUACGAGCAUCUGCAGAGGGGCAGGAGAGACAUGGGAGAACUGGAGAGGGGAAGGUUGGAACAGGUAAGAGAAGAGCAGCAAACAGACAGGACUGAACAGCCCGCUCCGUUCCAUUGUUCAGCAUUGGAGAACGAGGAGGAGUUUGAGAAGCUCUCAGGUAUCAGGACUCGGAGGGAGAGGAGGAAUGAUCUGUCCCUACAGAUAUCACCUGUUGGAGGGGUGGAAACUCAACACAGUCCCAGAGUAGUGAAGCCUGUACCGGACAUUAACAUCAGAGACUCUGAGGAGUACUUUGGUAAAUCCAUCUCUCCACACCUGCUGCCAUGGCAGGAGCCCACGCAGCACAGUCCCUCAGGACCAGACGCAGUAGAGGGAGAGAGGAGAGGGUCAGAUCGAGGGUUACCCCUGUCCCCCAGGCUCUGCACCUCUCCAGAGAGGAGGGAGGAGAAGCACUUCCUCAGUCCCUCUCCCUUCUCUUCCAUGAAGCCCAGGGGGGACGGGGAGUGUACCAGCCCCCAGCUCCACAGCACCCCAGUCCUUAGGCGACACACAGGCAGGCAUGAGUCGGAGACUGUGUGCAGCACCCCUGUGACUGAAGACGCAGAGUCCACGUCUCAGAGACUGCAGCACAGGAGAGGGGAACACACAGACACCCUGAGGAGAGUGCUACUGACCACACAGAGGAAGAACCAGUUUGCUGCUUUGAACGCUCCAAAGAAAGACAACUCUCAGAUCGAGGGCCCCAGCAUCAGCAAUUCAUACGGAUUCAAAGUCAGCUUGCAGAACCUCCAGGACGCUAAAGCCCUGCACGAGGUGCAGCACCUGAUGUUGAUGAGCAUGGAGCUUCACGUGCGGACCCGGCGGGACCUGGAACCCGACCCUGAGUUUGACCCCAUAUGUGCCUUAUUCUACUGCUUCAGCUCUGACGCACCUUUACCUGACUCAGACAAGACCCAGCUGACUGGGGCCAUCGUGGUAGACAAGGACUGCCAAGAGAGUGGCCAAGGUGUCAGAGGAACAGCACCCCUGCUGGUAAGAUCAGGUGUCUCAGGACUGAAGGUCACCUACGCUGUGAAUGAGAAGCAGAUGUUCCAGGAAGUUGUCACUGUCAUAAGAAGGUUUGACCCAGACAUCCUGGUGGGCUAUGAGGUCCAGAUGCGUUCCUGGGGCUACCUCCUCCAGCGGGCAUCAGCACUCGGUGUGGACCUGUGCCAGCAGCUUUCCCGGGUACCAGGUAACGCCAAAGAGAACCAUUUCGCAGCAGAGAGAGACGAGUAUAGAGCAGACGCCAUGACAGAGAUACACAUCAUCGGACGUAUCGUCAUCGACCUGUGGAGAAUUAUGAAGACUGAGGUGACAUUGAACAACUACAGUUUUGAGAAUGUGGCCUUCCACGUCCUGCACCAGCGCUUCCCCCUGUACAGCCCCCGCUCCCUGUCAGACUGGUUCGACCACAACACUGACCUGUACAGGUGGAAGGUGGUGGACCACUAUGUUAGCCGGGUGGGCGGUACCAUGCAGCUUCUCCAGCAACAUGACAUCAUCGGCAGGACCAGCGAGCUGGCCAGGGUGUUUGGGAUCCAGUUCUAUCACGUGCUCACCAGGGGAUCCCAGCACUGUGUGGAGUCCAUGAUGCUGCGUGUGGCCAAGCCCAUGAACUACAUCCCUGUUACGCCCAGCAUACAACAGAGAGCCCAGCAGAGGGCGCCACAGUGCAUCCCGCUGGUCAUGGAGCCUGAGUCGCGCUUCUACAGCAACUCUAUGGUGGUGCUGGACUUCCAGUCGCUCUACCCCUCCAUCGCCAUCGCCUACAACUACUGCUACUCUACCUGUCUGGGCCACGUGGAGAGUAUGGGAACGGCCGAUGAGUUUAAGUUUGGCUGCACCUCCCUGAGGGUUCCCCCUGAGCUCCUCUAUCAACUCAAAAAUGACAUCACCGUCUCUCCCAACGGCAUCGCCUUUGUCCAGCCCACGGUGAGGAAAGGGGUCCUGCCCAGCAUGUUGGAGGAGAUACUGAAUACGCGGUUCAUGCUGAAGCGUUCCAUGAAAACCUACAAGCAGGAUAAGACCUUGAUGAGGCUGCUGGACGCCAGGCAGCUGGGACUCAAGCUCAUCGCCAACGGCUAUGCCGCCGCCAACUGCUCUGGACGCAUGCCCAGCGUAGAGGUUGGUGACAGUAUUGUCCACAAGGCCAGGGAGACCCUGGAGAGAGCCAUCAAGCUGGUCAACGACACCAAGAAAUGGGGAGCCCACGUUGUGUACGGGGACACAGACAGCAUGUUUGUCCUGCUAAAGGGAGCAACUAAAGAGCAGGCCUUCAUGAUCGGCAACGAGAUCGCAGAGGCAGUGACUGCUACCAACCCUAAACCUGUCAAGCUGAAGUUUGAGAAGGUGUACCUGCCGUGCGUGCUCCAGACAAAGAAGCGCUACGUGGGCUACAUGUACGAGAGCCUGGACCAGAAGGAUCCCGUGUUCCACGCCAAGGGGAUCGAAACAGUGCACCGAGACGGAUGCCCUGCUGUUUCCAAGAUUUUGGAGCGUUCCAUCAAGCUGCUGUUUGAGACGCGGGACAUCAGCCUGGUGAAGCAGUUUGUGCAGCGUCAGUGUGUGAAGGUGCUGGAGGCCAAGGCCAGCAUGCAGGACCUGACCUUCACUCAGGAGUACAGGGGCAGCGGCUCCUACCGGCCGGGGGCCUGCGUCCCUGCUCUGGAGCUCACCAGGCGUAUGAUGGCCUAUGACCGGCGCCUGGAGCCGCGGGCGGGCGAGAGGGUGCCCUACGUGAUUGUGUACGGGAGGCCGGGUGUGCCCCUCAUCCAGUUGGUGCGGCGGCCCCUGGAGGUGCUGCAGGACCCGAGUGUGCGCCUCAACACCACCUACUACAUCACCAAGCAGAUCCUGCCCCCGCUGCAGCGCAUCUUCCAGCUCAUCGGCGUGGACGUGCUCAGCUGGUACCAGGAGAUCCCCAGGGUCCAGAAGGCAUCGUGCUCCACCGUGGCUGAGAGGAAGGGGACCAUCUCCCAGUACUUCACCACGCUGCACUGUCCUGUGUGUGACGAGCUUACCCAGCUAGGGGUGUGUACCAGCUGCCGGGGCGAGCCCCAACGCGUGGCCAUCACUCUCCACCAGGACAUGCGGCUGUGGGAGAGCCAGCAAGAUCAGCUGCUACAGAUCUGUAGGAACUGUAGUGGCAGUGUGGAGCGGCAGGUUCUGUGUGUGUCUCUGGACUGUCCUGUGCUCUACAAGCUGUCCCGGGUCAACAGACAGCUCUCCAAGGUGCCCUACCUCCGACAGCUCCUGGAGCAGUUCUGAUUCUGAACACGUUCUGGCCCACUGCUCUGCUAUUCUGGUGCUAAACCAAUGCUGUCUCAUCCAGCUCAGUGUUUCCUUGUCUUUUCCUUUAAAUGGUGCUUUGAUUUGUUCUCAUUAGCUGCUAUUGGUUGGUUGUGCGUGAAGCUGAUGUUUUUCUUCAGAUGGUCUCGUCUGUACCAUAACGAUGGCAUUGACUCUGAUCGAAGAGGACCUUACCGUUUUAUUCUGAACUCGCAAGACUGAACACUAUUCCUAAGGAGCUCCCGACGAUGCGAAGAUUGACUAAAGAAACCACUAACUUCAUUUCCCUUUUUAUAUCAAAUACCAUUUUAUAAAUAGUUAUUGUACAGUGCCCAUCUGAAUUCUCUCUGUGCAUCAGCAUUAAAAAAGGAAAGCUCACAGUGGACAAAUCAACUAGCUAUUUUUGAUCCAUUCUGUUUGUGUGCCAUGGUAAUACGUUGUUUUCCCCGCCUCGAUUUGUAUUUAUGUCCAGUUUGGCAAAGCAUUAUCCUUAUACUCCGAGACACUGAUGCCUAUCAAGAGGAUGGGGACUAUUAAUUUCAGUUUUUACUUCUGGGACUGUUGCAAUACUGUGUUUUGAUAAUUUAUGGCAAGAGUAUAUUAUUUCCUUAAGCUUCUUUUUUUUAAUGCUUUCUCCAUGUUAACAGCAUAUUUCAUCUAACCAUGUCAGAUGGAUUCUAUUGUUUCCCAAAACUAUACACAGGAUCUGGAUUUUUAUAAAUGUAAAAAAUAAAAUAUGAAGGAAAUGUUUGGGUUUUUUUCCGUUUUUAAUGGACAUUGCUGUGGCUGCAGGUUGACGAUUGGUUUAAUAAAACUCCAUAUAUUA